GUCGCAACCGAUGGACGAUCCCACUUUGUAGACAACGGAGACACCUACGCUGCUGAGUGUGUCCUCCACGGCUAAAACACAGGUUGGCUGACCUCAGUUCAAUCGAAUUGUAUGGUCGCUGUGAAAAGCAGUAUUUUCUUUACCAACGAGGAGAACUGCACAGCGGCUUGGUAAGUCAGAAUGAGCGAAAGUACGGGAAUCACCGUGCCUGUGGUGAUUGAACCAGUCGACAGCCUGGAUAGCUCUGUCGUGGAGGAUGUCUCGCAACAGAUGGGCUCAACAUCUUUAGGCUCGGGGGUAAACGGCGACGAAGGUCCGAUAUCAGGUUCGGAAGCUCCUGUUGUCAUUGUUGCCCCAACACUGCGAGUAGAGCAACUUAAAGGAAAUGGGAGCAUUCAUGACUCUAGCUUUUGUACAAGCGAAGAAGAAGGCUUUCCUCCUGACUUCUCAGAUGAUGGUGAUGGUGAUCACUCUGGUAACAAUAGCAGUGUGCCAGAUUUAGCCCUGGAUAUUGAUGCUCUGAUUGACCCACCUGAUGAAGAACAGCAGCAAAAAAUCAUCUCCCUAGUUGAAUAUUAUUUUUCUGAUGAAAGCAUUCUUAAAGAUGCAUUCCUUCUGAAACAUGUACGGAGAAAUCGUUCUGGAUUCGUGAGUAUCAAAUUAAUUACGUCAUUUAAAAAGAUGAAGACAUUGACAAAGGACUAUCGUAUUGUUGCUUAUAGUUUGAAAGGUUCUGAAAAGCUUGAACUGAAUGAUGAAUGUACCAAAGUCCGACGAAAGGAUCCACUUCCUGAUUAUGAUGAAACUGUUCCUUCAAGAACUGUUGUGGCCCUUAACUUACCAUUAGAAAACCCAACUAUGGAGAAUAUGGCUGAGAUUUUCUCAAAAUGUGGUAGCGUUGCAAAUUUUCGCAUAUUGCGACCUGGUUGCUCAAUUCCAUCAGAUUUGCACAAGUUCGCAUGUAAACACCCUGAACUUGGAUCAACAAUGUGCGCUGUAGUUGCCUUUGAGCAUUAUGAUCAAGCUAAAAAGGCUUGUGAAAUUCUUACCAAUAAUGAGGACUGGAGAAAAGGCAUGCGUGUCGUUCCCUUGAUGGUGCCGAAGAGGAAGGAAGAGAAAGACAAAAAAGACCGCAAAGACAAGGAUAAAAAGGAUAAAAAGAAAGCAGGUGGGGAGUAUGGUGAGGAUGACAUCUCUCCUGAGGAGGUUUCUGGUGAUGACAAGAAAAGGAGAAAACGAGGUGGUCGCAAGAAAAAGACGCGUGUUGAUCAGCUCUGUCAUGAUUCUUCAUGUUAUAGCAGUGGCUCUGAAGGGGAUUCUCCUGCAAAGCCCAGUAUUACAUCUCCCAAUAGGUACAGGAGUAGUGAUCAUCUCAGCCCUCAUGUUACCCCUCCCCGGGGUGGUAGAAGUAGUCCAGUCGGCAGUCCUCACAACAAACGCCGUGGACCCGGGAAGUCUCCCCUGGUGGAUUCAAACUCUGGUGUUAGUCCCAGGAGCAGCCCCGAGACUGUACGCAGAGGCAUUGAUUCAUCUGGUGGAGACAGCACUCCGUCAAGCCCAUGGGUGCAGAGGCGCCUCAGAGUUGCUCAGGAGAAAAUGUCUGGUAGCAGUCCUUUGGGCAGUCCUCUUUUAGGUAGACGAAACCCAGAUGGUACAUUUAUUCCUGGAUCUGCUCCUAGAAUGUUGGACAUGACUAAUGUGUUACGUCAACCUAAAGGUCCUGAUGACACCAAAGGUUUUUACGGAGGCAUAGGGAGAGGCAAACCUCGAAGCAGCACAUUUACUUAAUCUUGGUGAUUGCAAAAUGGUCUCUUCAAAUUUUUUUCCUCAGCAUCAUGUUACAAACGUUCUGUUGUUUACUUCAAAUUUUAAUUGGUGUGUCAAUGGAUUGUGCUCUUUCAUAGGUGUACAAAAGUGAUUAUUUUUCUUUAAGUGAAAAACAAUUUUAUGGCCUAAAUUUUUAACUAAAAUAUUUUUUAUUUAACAAUGAAAUUGAGAUCAUGCUAUGCAGUAUAGUAAACCAGUUUUUUUAUACUGAUUUUUAACAUCUUAUCACAUUAUUUACUUUUUCUUUUUUAGAAGUAAAACAAUGGUACAGCAGGAGUAAUUGAUUUUAAAGUUUUAAUUUCAGGAUUUUUAGUUAUAGAAAGCUUAUUUCUGGUUCUCAGUUUUUACUUCUAAAUAUGUCUUGUUGUGUUUGCUUUUAUCUGUUUAACUGCUAUCAUGUAUGUGGUUUUCAUGAUGCAAAAUUUUGAAAGUCAAAUACUGAAAACCUGUAUCAUGUAUGUUUGUUUAUUUGAAGAUUACAUUUUAAAACACAGUUUUGUGUUCUUUUUUGAGAGGGAAAGGGUUGUCAAAAAGUGUAUAAAAUGAAUCUGUAACUAAAGGGAGAUAUUUUGUAGUGCCGGUCCACUUGAUGGUCUUCCAGUUUCUGUUUUACCUGACAGUUUACCACUGGACCGGUCUGACAACUGUUCUACUUGAUGAUGUACCCGUGUACUGUACUACAAUUUACAAUUUUAAACGGUUUCCUUUUAGGUUUAUAUACACAGGUUUGGGAGGGUCCAUGGCUAUAUUUAAAAUGUUUUGGCGGUUGUAGUUUGUCUUGAGGGGGUUGCUGCCUCCCUGAUUUAGGAAUUAAUGUUUCAGGGUGUGGAAGUGUUAGUGUAAAAUUACUCUGCUGAGGUCUUACAUUAGAAUGCAUUAUAUCACAGUACAUUGAGGUAGACUGAUAGACCAUGGUAAGUCAGAUGGGACUUGUGGUAGACUGCAUUGUCAGGGUAGACCGUCAAGUGGAUCAACACUGAUUCUAUUUUCAACGUUUGAAUUGCCUUUGAAAAAUGUGCUGUGUAGCAACGAAUGGUAAAAAAAAAAAUUUGAGAAGAUGGAGCUUCAGUUUGUCAUAGAUGGAUUUAAAAGAUUUUAAGAAAUGUUCCCCGUUGUGAGAGAUGGGCAUUACAAUGAAUCACAAAUAACGAAUGUAGUCUCACAUGUUCAUUGAGGUGUAACAUGUAUUGUUUCAUUCACAUUAUAGCACAUUAAAAUCUUAAACAGAAUCAGCAGCCUUACAUUACCCUAACUGCCUUUUUAUUGUUCAGUUUCACUUUUAAUUCAUAAAAUUGCAUUCCAUUGCUUUUACUUACUGCUCGAAGUUCUUUAUGGUUAGUAUGAUGAAAUUUAUAAACUGCAAUGUUAUUAUGGACCGUUUUUUACUUUUUAGUUCAUAGAAAAUGGUGCAUUUUAUUUGUUGCUCGAAAAAAAAUUAUUGUCGUUUUUGAUCUGGAGUUAAUUUUUAACGUGAAGUUUUUACGUGUUCUUUGUUCCUAAGCGCAGUGAAGAAUUAUUUAAAGUUUUGCAUUCGUUUUGUUAAUUAUUUUUUACUUAAAGAGAAAAGAUCUGGACAUAAUUCAAUAUUGCUUGCUGUCUUUGGGGUGGUUUUUUUGUUUUACAGACCCAUUAAUUUUCUAAAAGUUAAGUGCUGCAAUAGAAUUACAUAAUGUAAAUGAAAAGGCCUGGGCCUUUCUAGUACCAUCAGAUUUACUUGAGCAACAGGUCACAGUCUUUUCGAGGGCUAUUUUCCUCACAGGUUGAAGUUAAGCAAAAGAGUAAACUACAAAAGCAGAACCAGUUUGGUAAUAAAAGGGGAGACUCAUGAAUUUAAUCGUGUAUCUCCAUGUCACAGCUGUAGGUGUGAAAGAGAUCCAUUCUUGACCAUACAUUUUUUUGGAUAGUCUUCUCAAGUCUUAUAGAUUUUAAAUAUAGUUUGUAGGUUCUUUCUUAUCUCGUUUUUUUAAUUGGAUGGUGCAUAGCUGUUUCAAAAGUGGGGGUUACCCAGUUGUUCUCCCAUUAUUCUUUAAAUUUAUUUUAAGUCUAAAUGACAAUGGGUCACCACAUAAGUUGCAAAACCACUGCUGUCAUUGUUGAAAUGAGAGUCAAUGGUGUGACUGCUGUUCUUUGUUAAUGUAACUGUCUUUCUGUAACAUUCUUACUCGUUUUAUUUUUUAAAGAAAAACAUUUAUCUUUUAAGAUUGACUGAAGUUUACGACACUGCUGAGUUUGUGUUUGAAAAUUUUGUUUUAAAAUCGUUAAGUUUUGCUUAGUUUUAAAUGUUUUACACUUUUGAGGACUUGUCUUUCCUUCUUUAAUAGUGUUGGAGAGUAUAAUCCUUGUAUUACCAAUGUAGAAUGUAAAACUUCCUAAAGAAAAAUAUCAUCAGCCAGUUGUUCAAAUUAAUGUACAAAACGCAAAAUAUUUUCAGUUUUUUUUUAUUGCAGUUUUUUAAUCUGUGGAUUGGCUGCAUAUAUGAUAUAUAUGCUCUUGGAAUAUUUUCUCAAAAUUCAAAUUCUAAAUGUUGAAAAAAAAGCAAGAAAAGAUUCAUAAUUACAUAGAUAGUAUAGUAUAUAUAUAUUAGGUACAAUUUGUAAAAGAAUUGAAACAGGUUUUGCUCUCUCCUGAAAAAUUUUGCUUUCUGAACUUAGGACAUUUUAUCAGCGCGCCGGCGGUAUGAUUGUUUCUUCCUCUUAUUUAAAAAAAAAAGCUUAAUUUUUCAUGUUUUGAGUUUGAGGUUUUCGAGUCAAUAUGUUCUCUGAUAGCCUUUCUGUUGGUUUUACUGUAAAUUUGUUAGCUUUUGUUUGUCUGGUAUUGGUGUUUCUCUCCUUUUUGUUUUAACUGGCGUCAAAAGUGCCCCAAUCUCAUAAAAUUAAUUGUGAUUGUUGCUCUGUAGAAAAAAGUCAGAUAGGUAAUACUGUUUGUGAGAUACAUGUAUUCAUCUUUGCUAUUUUGCAGUUUGGUUCUAGUACAAGUUUUACAGCACCUGCAGCACAAUCGGGUCAUUAUAAGUGCCGAAGAGUAGAGGUGUUACUGUUGCUAGAGAGUAAUAUAUACAAAGAAUAGGAGAAAGGAUGAUAGAUGUUUGAAAGGAAAGAAGGAACAGUUUUGAAAUAUACAGAUAGUGUAUUUCAGUAUUUGUCCUAUUUCACUUUCAUUUGAAACUGAAAUAUCUAUCAAAUGUUGCAAAGACUGAGAGAGAAAAUUACCUGUCAGGGCAGUCCUGUAAUGCUUGAGUGGUUUUGGGGAAGUAUGGUUUCCUGGGGCAUAGAGAUUAGGGGUGAUCAAGGUAGCUGAUUUGAUUGAUGGUCUUUAUGCAUAAAAAUAAUUCUCUGCUGUUUGUGCAAUGAAGUAGGGUUCAAGUCCAUGUCCCAUGUAUUUAUUUGCAUUUCCUUUGUCAGUCUACUUCCAGUACCUGGUGGUCAUUACUUUCCAACUGAUCUUUUCUGUUAUUUUUAUUCUGUAAAGGUUCAGACUUAAUUGCAGCUCUUUGUAAAGUACGAAAAAAGCCAGAGAUAUUUACAUGAGUAGCUCUGUUACUCAGUUUCACUUUUUUAAAAAUAAAUCAUAAGAGGUAAUAUUCUCCGUUUUCCACAUACACAUGCUAACAACUUUUCACAGCUCUGAAGCAAGCUUUAUUCAACUUUUAAAGCUUAAUGUACCUCUGUACAAAAGGAUUACAUUUUUAAUAUAGUCGGAUUAGUUAGACUCAAAUCAUAAUCAUUUGAUUUCUGAACAAAGAUCUCAAUCUCGUGUCUUUGUUCAUCAAUAUGUACUCUUUGGUUUUGUUUCAUACGAAACUCAGGUGGAAAUACAGCUCAGCAUGACAAUGUGGAACAACCUUUUCUUGAUAUAAGGGUGUUUAAUUAACAGUGAAGCCAACAUAAUGGUAGCUGUUUUUAAACUUUUGUUAAGCCUCAUUGUUCAGACCUAGACAACUAUUGGAGAUUAUAGGAGCUGGUCAGGGCCAUGUUGUCAACCUUUGGUGCUAGUGAGGGGUGGGCAGGAGGGGCACGUGGUGUUUGUCUUUAAGAUCACAUACCCAGUACCAUAUAUAAAUACAAUGAAAAAGAGACCGUAGGCCUCCACAGUGUAAAUAGCUGAGGUUGAUUUGAAGUGUCCGUAAAACUUAGUCCAUAAUGUCCUGUAGACAAGAAAUCUUGUUUCGAUUUUGGCAUUUUAAAACACAACUUUGUACAAUUAAUCAGUGGUUAAUUGCUGUAAGGUCUAAAUUUUGGUCGCAAUUUAUUCUUUCUGACACUCAUUGGUUUCUUCUUUGAUCCAUCUCCUCCUUAAAAAAAUAGAUUUAUGUAAGAGCAACCCCACACAUGCCCAAUGACUGCUUUCAUUGUUCUUUUAUAACCAUUUAGAUUCAGCUCCUGUAGUUGGAAAUAUUACGUUUUGUGGUAGGCCCUACAUUCUAUUAUUUUUAUAGUUUAGUUCUUCUGUAAAUCACACUCAUCAUUAUGCUGUGUAAUUGAGGGUGUGUCACGGUGAAGCUAAAUGUUUCCCCUUGCAGCAUGUUUUACUUCUACUCCAAUUAUUUCAGCUUUGAAGAAGAUUAAGUUCUGCACUGUGUCAAAUAGUUUUUCUUGCAUAAACUGAUCUUUUGUUGUUGAGGAAAAGAAACAGUACAAAUUUUGGAUGGAUUUUCAAAUUGCCUAUCAUUCAGAUUUGCUUUCAUACUCUGAGAAUUUGCUAUUGUAUAAGAUUAUAUAUAUGAGUUUCGAUAUAUGCCCAAUUUCUGCAGUCUUCCAGAUUAGUUGCAGGUACUAUUUUACCUUUGACUGUCACCUCCUCACAGGCUCUGGGAAUGGGAUGUCACUGAAAAUAUAAAUAGGCCAAUAGUAGAAAAGAUUAUCUGUGAUAAGGGCUUUAAUUUCACAAUUGAAAACAUAUAUAAAAGAGAGUAAUGCAUGGAUUUUUGAGACAUGUUCUUUUCUGGUGAUUGACUUACAUUGAGUCAUUGUAUAUAUAUAUUAUCAUGUGUUUUAGACCUAUGAGUGUCAGAAAGAGUUGCAUGACUUUCUUUACUGUGGAUACUCAGCUUGAAAUCAAAUUAUUAUUGUAAUUGUAAGUUUAUACUAUAUAUUUUAUCGCUGUUGUUGUACUUAAUUUCACACGAUGUACACAUAAACACUCACUCCAUCACAAACAUAUAUUUUAAAAACUUUAUUAUUUUAAUACAAUUUUAUGGGAAGUGGGUCAAAAUGUUAUUACCAAACUGAGAGUAAAUUUUAUUUUGGUACAUCUUCUAAUGUGUGGUUUUAAU